AUAACUUAAAUAAUCAGUUAAACGUUGUUUGAGAAAGAUAGUGCUUAUGAUGAUUGUAAAAUACAUGAUGAACGUCAUCCUCCACUCCUUUAUUAGUAAAAUCAUAAAUGGGCUUUAUUCAUUUGGAUUUCUUCACCGUUCUACUACUAACCGGUUCGAUGACGCAUUAGUGAUACUGAAAGCUGAUUGGCUUGAUGGUUAUAUAUGCGGAAAAGGGCAAAUUUUAUUAUCUAGAGUUUGUAAUGAGAUGAUGUCCGAUUUAUCCUCCCUUGUGCUUUGUUGCACGCUUUGCAGAAGCAAUGUCUAUAUGAUCCUUUAGACUAGUGUUUCCCAACCUUUUUUUCAGUCAUGGCACCCUUUGAAAGUUUUCGAAAAUUUGUGGCACCCUACACUAGUGUUGUCACGAUACUACUUUGAUACAAUACCUUGAAAAGCAUUAAUUUUCAUUUUUAAUACCACAGGGAAGAACCGCCGUAUAUAGGCCUGCUGUCAUAUAGAUAUUUUUAACAUUAUCUAUUUUUUUUUUUUUUUCUCUCCAUCCAUUGGAAAUCUAGGAAAUCAGUAAUUUCUUCUGAAGAGAUCACCUUGAUGACAGAUUUUAAUUAAGGCUUUAAUUAAUAUAUAAACAUUGCUCAAUUACCAUUACAACUGUCUCACCUAGUCUAAAUGUUUGCUCACUCAGUGUAUUUGUGUUAUUAUAUUGGGAUAAUUUUGUUGCAAUAGCACAAGAUAAGUUUUUAAUAUAUUUUAUAGCCUAAUUAUAAUGUAAUAAUUUCACAGUUAAUCUCCAGAUUAAUGUAGAAACAACAUAGAGUGUAUUUAAAUACUUGUUUAAUGGCAUCUUUUUAUGAAUGACGGCCUUUGGUGGCCAUUAGUGGCUGCUGUCACUUUAAGAUCCGUCACGUGCAGCAGCGCGUUUUUGUCAGGACAUUGACAGACAGCGCGUUCUCGUUUGUCUUAUCGCGCUUGAAUGGUUUAAAGGAAACGUCAAAAUUAAGUUUGUAACUAUUCAAUAAAUGUGUUCAGAUUCAAUGUGCGCUCACGCGCUCUGCUCAUGUGCACGUGCGUGCAUAUGAGUGAUUCAAAUUUUAGUUGCUAUAGCGACGCGUGUUAUGAAUUCUGACUGAACAUAAACACUCGAACAGAUCGCUAUCUGUUGGUUGAGAGACGAGGCGAAUUCACGGACUUUUGCAGAGUAUUUUCUGAGCGAAUCUUGUGAUUUUGAAGCUGUUUGGAGGAUUUCUGAGAGGAGACUUUUAUUCUAGAAAGACUUCGCGGGAUAUAUCCUUUAUAUAGAGUUAUAUUUUUGAAAGAUUUCAUAUUAUUUCUGAGGAUACUUUUAUUUUAUUGUUCUAUUCCUAUUUUAGAAGGAGUUUGAUUUAAAAAAAAAUUUAAUUCAUUUUUUAUUUUUAUUUAUUUUUUAUUUUUUUGGGGGGGGGGAGGAGUAUUUCUGAGGGGAGUUGUAUUUUAUUGUAUUGUAUUUUGUAUUGUGUUUUGUAUUGUUUUUAUUGCAGUUUGCAGGAGGAUGUCGAUGGCUCACAUGAUGGGUGAAAGAGGAGGUCAGGCUCACAGGAAGAGGGAGUGCCAGAGCGGUCAUCAGUCGUUAAGCCUUAGCAGCAGAGGCUCAUACGAACUCGUCUGGAGGUGGAGUGGCGAUGGAGCGGAUAGCCGAAACGACCAGAGCAGUUGCAGCAACAGGUGUUUGUCCAGGUCCGACAGCCUCGAAGGGUUGCUGUGCCCUCCGCUGCCAGGUCAAGUUCCUGCCGAGCCAGCAGAAACUUCAUAUGGCCUAACUGCUCAGGGUGCCAGGGAGGCUCCUCCUGUGAACAAGAGCUCAACAGAAAAACCUACAGAACUUAGGAAGGGGAAAAGAAUUCGUUCUUUCCUCAACAGGCUAUGGAAGGCCAUGAAGCAUCCUUUCCAGUGCUGUUGCUCCUGUAGUGCUGUGGAUGUUGUGGAGCCUUUUGUUCCUCCACCAGAUCUGGAGCCAGAGCCUGAUCCCGAGCCACCAUCACCUGCUCCAGAUCACUCCGGCGUCAAGCCAAAUAAUGAGUCCUUUGAGUCGCUCUAUAACGUGGGAGCGAUGAUUGGAUCCGGAGGAUUUGGCAGGGUGUACGAGGGAACACGCAAAUUCGAUGGCAAAAAGGUUGCCAUCAAGCGGAUGCUCAAGAUUGACAACGCUCGUUAUCUUGAUAUUCCUGGGCAUCCCAAACCACUCGUUACAGAAGUGGCGCUGCUGCUAAUGAUGAGGCGAGAACCCAUAAGCCCCUUCGUCAUACAACUAUACGAGUGGUUUGAACACCCUCGAAAAUUCACUCUCAUCAUGGAGUACCCGGAACCCUGCGAGAGCUUGCUGGACUUCAUCAAUCGUGAACCCGGACCGGAUGAACCAGUAUCACGGGUCAUCAUAUUACAGGCUGUAGUGGCAAUACAACACUGCAUCGAGCAUGGGGUAUUUCAUAACGACAUUCAUGCGCUGAAUUUCCUGUUCAAGAGAAGAACAUCAGAGCUCAAGCUGAUAGACUUUGGCGCUGGUCAGCUAUUUAGUAGUGAUGGCUACGAGAGCGACACAUACAUUGGAGCACCGGAUUACUGCCCACCUGAAGUCUUGACAGAACCCCGAUUCCACGCCGUCCCCGUAAAUGUCUGGGCUCUAGGUGUGCUGUUGUACAACAUGGUGAACGCAUGUCGUCCUUUUUGCAACAGAACAGAAAUCACACAAGCCAAAGUUACGUUUCACAACUCCAACUUAUCCAAAGAAUGCAGAGAUCUGAUUAGAAAGUGCCUAGCCCGGGAUCCAACUGAACGGCCGACGUUAGAGCAGAUGUCACUUCACGAAUGGUUUAGUGAUGGUCUACUGUAGUUUGAAGAAGUUCAGGAGAUUCACUCGAUCAGUGAUUUCAGGAAAUGACAUACAUGCUGUCCUCGGUGGAGGGCUUGAGCUCGAGACUUGAGCCGAGGCCUAAAGUCCAACCCCAACCUGACAGGGAACUCAGAGCCUGUCCAUGUCCGAGCAAGAACACGAGAGACAUCAUCAAGUCAUCACAGCCACAUUUGCUUUGUUUUGAAAGUCAUUUUGCUUUGUUUUUAAAAGUCAAGACAAGUCAUCUUUAUUUAUAUAGUGCUUUUUAUAAGACCAAUCUGUAUAUAUGUAUAUAUCAUUUGAAUAAAUGAAAUUCUUUUAAACCGUCA